AUGGCUCAAGCAGCGAGAUUAAGCAUGAGAAUGCACAAGGAAGUGAAGCUUCUCCUCUCCGAUCCACCUCACGGCGCUUCGUUUCCACAUCUCUCUUCCGCCGCCGCUGGCUCCGCCGAUCUCUCUACUUUCUCCACCAUCGAUGCUCAGAUCCAAGGUCCUGAAGAUACUGUAUAUGCUGAUGGAAUCUUCAACGUGAAGAUUCAAAUCCCUGAGAGAUAUCCGUUUCAGCCUCCGAUUGUGGCCUUUGCUACACCGAUUUACCAUCCGAACAUCGAUAAUAGUGGCCGGAUUUGCCUUGACAUCUUAAAUCUCCCUCCCAAGGGUGCUUGGCAACCAUCAUUGAAUAUCUCAACGGUUUUGACGAGCAUCGGAUUGUUGCUGAGUGAACCGAAUCCGGAUGAUGGAUUGAUGUGUGAAGUAAGCAAGGAGUACAAAUACAAUAGACAAGCUUUUGAUUAUAAAGCACGAGAGAUGACCGAGAGGUAUGCAAAGGUUAAGGCUGAUGGAAGCAACUCCAGCCUCCAAAUUCAGGAAAGUAUAAACGCAGGCGAGGUUAAGAGUUGCGGAGACGGGAAGCCAUCUGAAAGUGGAAAUAGUGUUUUAGCUUGUAAUCACGAAAAGCCGGAGGGGAUUAAGAACAAGUUAACAGUGGAGCCUUCCUUAACACAUAGAGAGAAAUGUGACACUGCAGCAAAAGAUAUACGGAAUAGCCAACUGCUUCUCUCAAGUUCCAAAGAUCAACAAAUGGAUGGAAAUGGAAAAAGAAAAGCAGUGAUUGGUUUCGCUGAUGCAAACGCGUAUGGUAACGAUGGGAUAAAAGCGAGCAGGAAGAAAUUAUCUCUUGCCAUGCCAUUGCCUCCUCAAUCUCAGAAGAAAGACUUGUGUGGUGGAGAACUCACAAAUGGAGUUUCAGCUUCUUGCAAAGAAAACAAGAAACCACAUUCGAACGGAAAGAAGCUUUCUCUGGGGCUAAAGCAGCCAUUGGAUAAUGCAGCAUCACUUAAUAACAACUUGGCAGCAAAAAGUGACAGCAGUAGACUAAGCCAAAAACUGUCCCUGAGACCACUCGGAGAGUCAGCGUUGAAUGAAGUACGCAAAACCAAGGUACUUGCGCAAACUGACAUGGAACCAGACAUGAAUCAAAUUCAAGAUGCAAGAAACUGGCGCGGUGAGUUUGAGAAGUCGGGCUUGGAAGAAGCAUCAAUGCCUGAAUCCAUUGUUGUACUAGACAGUGAUGAAAGCGGAGAAGAAGAUAAGACAGUCUCUUCGAGGUCAAGAUUAUCAUUGGCAAGGAGGAGAAGCCUCAAGUUGAAAAGCUGA